AUGGCUGUGAAUGUUUAUAACACCAAUAUUAACUCCGAGAAUUUGAGCAGGCACGAGUUGUUAGCUUGGGUGAAUAAUUAUUUGCCCACCAAGUACGUUAAAAUUGAAGAGCUAUGUUCUGGUGCAGCAUAUUGUCAAUUCAUGGACAUUCUUUUUCCUGGCUGUCUUUGUCUGAAGAAAGUAAAGUUUAAUUCUACUCUGGAACGGGAAUACGUGCAGAAUUUUAAAAUUCUUCAGAGCUCGUUCAAUAAAUUAAAUAUUGACAAGAUGGUUGAAAUUGAUAGGUUGGUAAAAGGAAAAUUUCAAGAUAAUUUUGAAUUUUUACAGUGGUUUAAAAAGUUUUUUGAGGCCAAUUACAAAGCUCAAAACAAAGACGAACUGAAAGAUGAAGCUCUCGCCAGCGGUCCGAGUGUCAACUCUUCUGAAAGUUUGCACGACUCGGAGAAAAAUAAUAAAGCUUCAAAGCAUUUAGUGUCAGGAAAUAAUCAAGCCUCUGGCAAGAUUCAUGGGAAAAGGAAUCCUGUGUCCCAAUCUUACACGUCAGUGGCCAGUAAAGAUUCUGCACAACUUGUUUUCCAGAUGGAAGAAAUUGAGAAGCUCAACACUAAAAUAAGCGAACUUACAAGUCAAGCAAACGAUUUUGAAAAAGAAAGAGAUUUUUAUUACAAAAAGUUACGUGAUAUUGAAGAUGUGUGCCAAGAAGGUGAUAAUGAACAGGAUCCAGUCAUACAAAAAAUUCUAGAGGUUCUGUACUCAGUAGAUGAUGGAUUUGCACCACCUACUGAUGAGGAAAAAAUAUCUGGUUCAGAGGAGUAUUGA